AUGUUCUCUGUAGCUCUGCUGCUGCUGCUGGCUGCUGGAUCCUGUGUUGAUGGUCAGACUCUGACACAAUCUGAACCAGUGGUUAAAAAGCCUGCAGAGUCCCACAAAUUGACCUGCACAGCCUCUGGAUUCACAUUUGGCCACAUCUGGAUGGCCUGGAUCAGACAGGCUCCUGGAAAAGGACUGGAGUGGAUCGCCUAUAUCAGAACUGGUGAUGGCAGCACCUCCUACUCCCAGUCAGUCCGUGGCCGGUUCACCAUCUCCACAGACAACAGCAGACAGCAGCUGUAUCUCCAGAUGAACAGUCUGAAGACUGAAGACUCUGCUGUUUAUUAUUGUACUCGAGAGCCACACUACUUUGACUACUGGGGGAAAGGAACAACAGUCACAGUAACUUCUGCCACAUCAAAGGCCCCUACUGUGUUUCCUCUGGUACAAUGUGGUUCUGAGACCAGUGACACGCUGACUCUCGGCGUCCUCGCCACCGGCUUCACGCCCGCCUCCCUGACCUUCAGCUGUGCCUCUGACAGUGGGACGAACCUGCCCGACUCUCUUCAGUACCCUGCAGUUCAGAAGGACAGCUACUAUUCAGCGGUCAGCCAGAUCCGAGUGAAGAGAUCAGACUUGAAACAAAACGUUAGCUGUACCGUGAACCAUCCGGCAGGAUCAAAAACCGUCUACAUUACAUUGCCAAAACCACCACAGGUGAUCUCUCCAAACAUCACACUCUACUCUGUCUGGGAAGGCCAGUUUGGGAGCUCAUCAGUCACACUCAUCUGCACCCUGAGUGGCUUCUUUCCAGACCAGCUUACUGUGCAAUGGCAACUGGGAAACGAAACUGUCACUGCUUCACCAGUCGAGAAGAAGCUGCAAAGUGUGGAUGGAGGGGAGAAAACCUUCAGUCUGACCAGUCAGAUUAAACUUGAUAUGAAGGAGUGGGCAAAAGGCUCAGAUUUCACCUGCAAGUCCCAACACGCCAAAAAUGAAUUCAAAAGAUCCAUCAGUAUUUGUUCAGUUCAUUCAUCCUCGCCUCCCUCCAUUCAUCUGGAGAUCCCCAGCUUCAAGACAGUCAUGAUGGCAGGGUCUGUGGUCACUGCCACAUGUUUGAUCCAUACUGACUUGGAUGCCAAAGUGACCUGGCUGCUAAAUGAUCACGUCCUUUCCAAUAAACCAGCGAAUCAAGACAGAAACACAACUCAUAUCAUCAGUAAUCUGACGGUUCCCUCAACUGACUGGAAAAACCUCAAUAAAGUCCAAUGUAGAGCUGAACAUCGCUGCUUCACACUCGCUGAAAAUACCAUCAUUCUCACAGGGCCUGCAGCUGCAGCUCCAUCAGUGCUGAUCAGGAGAUCUCUGUCAGAUUUGCUCAAGAGAAACAGUGCUGUGCUGGAGUGUGACGUCACACAACUGUCCUCCAGUGACCUCUACAUCACAUUUCAGGCCAAUGGCACUGACAUCUCUGAGAAACUGUAUGUUGAAUUUCCUAAAGCCCCAGGCCUCCACUCAGUCACAAAAAGUUUCCCUGUCCCUUCAAACUACCAAAAAAAAGACACAACAUUCAACUGCAAAGUGAACCAAGGUUUCUCCAAGCAAUGGGAGUCAAACUCCACUGGAAAUAUUUUUGGUGACCCAUCAGUGGAGCUCCUUUUAGCCCCAAGUGAAGAGUCGGGACCACAGAAACUCUUAUGCUCUGGACGGGGCUUCAACCCUCAAAUCAAAUGGCUUUCUGGGUCUCAGCACAGACCUGCAGCCUCUCAGGACAUCAGGAUGGGUGCAGAUGGACGUGUGGAAGUAACCAGUCAUCUCCUUGUCACUAAAACAGAGUGGAAAUCAGGGGAGGACAUCACUUGUGAAGUGUCCGACCAGUCUGGAGGCAGUACAGUCAAGAAGAACAUCAGCCUUUGUUCAGUUCAUUCGUCCUCACCUCCCUCCAUUCAUCUGGAGAUCCCCAGCUUCAAGACAGUCAUGAUGGCAGGGUCUGUGGUCACUGCCACAUGUUUGAUCCAUACUGACUUGGAUGCCAAAGUGACCUGGCUGCUAAAUGAUCACGUCCUUUCCAAUAAACCAGCGAAUCAAGACAGAAACACAACUCAUAUCAUCAGUAAUCUGACGGUUCCCUCAACUGACUGGAAAAACCUCAAUAAAGUCCAAUGUAGAGCUGAACAUCGCUGCUUCACACCUGCUGAAAACACCAUCAUUCUUACAGGGCCUGCAGCUGCAGCUCCAUCAGUGCUGAUCAGGAGAUCUCUGUCAGAUUUGCUCAAGAGAAACAGUGCUGUGCUGGAGUGUGACGUCACACAACUCUCCUCCAGCGACCUCUACAUCACAUUUCAGGCCAAUGGCACUGACAUCUCUGAGAAAGUGUAUGUUGAAUUUCAUAAAGCCCCAGGCCUCCACUCAGUCACAAAAAGCUUCCCUGUCCCUUCAAAUUACCAAAAAAAAGACACAACAUUCACCUGCAAAGUGAACCAAGGUUUCUCCAAGCAAUGGGAGUCAAACUCCACUGGGAAUAUUUUUGGUGACCCAUCAGUGGAGCUCCUUUUAGCCCCAAGUGAAGAGUCGGGACCACAGAAACUCUUGUGUUCUGGACGGGGCUUCAACCCUCAAAUCAAAUGGCUUUCUGGGUCUCAGCACAGACCCGCAGCCUCUCAGGACAUCAAGAUGGGUGCAGAUGGACGUGUGGAAGUAACCAGUUAUCUCCUUUUCCCUCAAACAGAGUGGAAAUCAGGGGAGGACAUCAUUUGUGAAGUGUCUGACCAGUCUGGAGGCAGUACAGUCAAGAAGAGCAUCAGCCUUUGUUCAGUUCAUUCAUCCUCGCCUCCCUCCAUUCAUCUGGAGAUCCCCAGCUUCAAGACAGUCAUGAUGGCAGGGUCUGUGGUCACUGCCACAUGUUUGAUCCAUACUGACUUGGAUGCCAAAGUGACCUGGCUGCUAAAUGAUCACGUCCUUUCCAAUCCUCGAGUCAAUCAGGACAGAAACACAACUCAUAUCAUCAGUAAUCUGACGGUUCCCUCAACUGACUGGAAAAACCUCAAUAAAGUCCAAUGUAGAGCUGAACAUCGCUGCUUCACACUCGCUGAAAAUACCAUCAUUCUCACAGGGCCUGCAGCUGCAGCUCCAUCAGUGCUGAUCAGGAGAUCUCUGUCAGAUUUGCUCAAGGGAAACAGUGCUGUGCUGGAGUGUGACGUCACACAACUCUCCUCCAGCGACCUCUACAUCACAUUUCAGGCCAAUGGCACUGACAUCUCUGAGAAACUGUAUGUUGAAUUUCAUAAAGCCCCAGGCCCCCACUCAGUCACAAAAAGUUACCUUGUCCCUUCAGAUUACCAAAAAAAAGACACAACAUUCACCUGCAAAGUGAACGAAGGUUUCUCCAAGCAAUGGGAGUCAAACUCCACUGGAAAUAUUUUUGGUGACCCAUCAGUGGAGCUCCUUUUAGCCCCAAGUGAAGAGUCGGGACCGCAGAAACUCUUGUGUUCUGGACGGGGCUUCAACCCUCAAAUCAAAUGGCUUUCUGGGUCUCAGCACAGACCCGCAGCCUCUCAGGACAUCAAGAUGGGUGCAGAUGGACUUGUGGAAGUAACCAGUCAUCUCCUUAUCACUAAAACAGAGUGGAAAUCAGGGGAGAACAUCACUUGUGAAGUGUCUGACCAACCUGGAGGCAGUACAGUCAAGAAGAGCAUCAGCCUUUGUUCAGUUCAUUCAUCCUCGCCUCCCUCCAUUCAUCUGGAGAUCCCGAGAUUCAAGACAGUCAUGAUGGCAGAGUCUGUGGUCACUGCCACAUGUUUGAUCCAUACUGACUUGGAUGCCAAAGUGACCUGGCUGCUAAAUGAUACAGUCCUUUCCAAUAAACCAACGAAACAAGACAGAAACACAACUCAUAUCAUCAGUAAACUGACGGUUCCCUCAGCUGACUGGAAAAACCUCAAUAAAGUCCAAUGUAGAGCUGAACAUCGCUGCUUCACACUCGCUGAAAAUACCAUCAUUCUUACAGGGCCUGCAGCUGCAGCUCCAUCAGUGCUGAUCAGGAGAUCUCUGUCAGAUUUGCUCAAGAGAAACAGUGCUGUGCUGGAGUGUGACGUCACACGACUCUCCUCCAGUGACCUCUACAUCACAUUUCAGGCCAAUGGCACUGACAUCUCUGAGAAACUGUAUGUUGAAUUUCAUAAAGCCCCAGGCCCCCACUCAGUCACAAAAAGUUACCUUGUCCCUUCAGAUUACCAAAAAAAAGACACAACAUUCACCUGCAAAGUGAACCAAGGUUUCUCCAAGCAAUGGGAGUCAAACUCCACUGGAAAUAUUUUUGGUGACCCAUCAGUGGAGCUCCUUUUAGCCCCAAAUGAAGAGUCGGGAAAACAGAAACUCUCAUGCUCUGGACGGGGCUUCAACCCUCAAAUCAAAUGGCUUUCUGGGUCUCAGCACAGACCCGCAGCCUCUCAGGACAUCAGGAUGGGUGCAGAUGGACUUGUGGAAGUAAACAGUCAUCUCCUUAUCACUAAAACAGAGUGGAAAUCAGAGGAGGACAUCACUUGUGAAGUGUCUGACCAGUCUGGAGGCAGUACAGUCAAGAAGAGCAUCAGCCUUUGUUCAGUUCAUUCAUCCUCGCCUCCCUCCAUUCAUCUGGAGAUCCCCAGCUUCAAGACAGUCAUGAUGGCAGGGUCUGUGGUCACUGCCACAUGUUUGAUCCAUACUAACUUGGAUGCCAACGUGACCUGGCUGCUAAAUGAUACAUUCCUUUCCAAUCCUCGAGUGAAUCAGGACAGAAACACAACUCAUAUCAUCAGUAAUCUGAUGGUUCCCUCAACUGACUGGAAAAACCUCAAUAAAGUCCAAUGUAGAGCUGAACAUCGCUGCUUCACACUCACUGAAAACACCAUCAUUCUUACAGGGCCUGCAGCUGCAGCUCCAUCAGUGCUGAUCAGGAGACCUCUGUCAGAUUUGCUCAAGAGAAACAGUGCUGUGCUGGAGUGUGACGUCACACGACUCUCCUCCAGUGACCUCUACAUCACAUUUCAGGCCAAUGGCACUGACAUCUCUGAGAAACUGUAUGUUGAAUUUCAUAAAGCCCCAGGCCCCCACUCAGUCACAAAAAGUUACCUUGUCCCUUCAGAUUACCAAAAAAAAGACACAACAUUCACCUGCAAAGUGAACCAAGGUUUCUCCAAGCAAUGGGAGUCAAACUCCACUGGAAAUAUUUUUGGUGACCCAUCAGUGGAGCUCCUUUUAGCCCCAAGUGAAGAGUCGGGACCACAGAAACUCUUAUGCUCUGGACGGGGCUUCAACCCUCAAAUCAAAUGGCUUUCUGGGUCUCAGCACAGCCCUGCAGCCUCUCAGGACAUCAGGAUGGGUGCAGAUGGACGUGUGGAAGUAACCAGUCAUCUCCUUGUACCUCAAACAGAGUGGAAAUCAGGGGAGAACAUCAUUUGUGAAGUGUCUGAGCAGUCUGGAGGCAGUACAGUCAAGAAGAACAUCAGCCUUUGUUCAGUGACUCCAGCAUCAUGUCAGACAGUUGGUGUGUAUGUUCAGGGCCCACCUCUCCAGCAGCUGCAGAAAAAUGAUCAUGUGACCAUCACCUGUCUUCUAGUUGGUGCAAAUCUUGAAGACUUCUCCAUUACUUGGAAAGUAGGUGAUGCAGAGGUGUUGGACAAUGUGGCCAAAGGACCACUACUCCGUCACAGCAAUGGGACUGCCACUUUGCAGAGCUCCCUGAAUGUAUCAUCACAGGUCUGGAAUUCAUAUACACAAGUGUCUUGUAAGGCUAAGCACCGAUGUUUCGACCAGGGCUACGAGGACCAUACAAGCAAAAGCAGAGAUCUAAAUCAACCAACUGUGAAGCUGAUACAGCCAAGUGACGCUGAACUGUCAGAGUCCAACACCACCACACUCGUCUGUCUCGUCUCUGGGUUCUCCCCACCUAACAUCAUGGUGUACUGGGAGAAGGAUGGCCACAAGCUGUCAUCAUCUCACUACACCAACAGCCCUGCUUGGAAAGAUCCAGGGAGCAGCACUUAUUCCCUGAGCAGCUCACUGAACACAUCCCCAACAGAGGACCAGAAACCCACUUAUUCUUGUGUUGUCAUACACGAGUCAUCUGAAAAGCCACUGAGGAGCACCAUAGAGGAAGUGUUUGCUUCAGUGAGCCUCUCCCGACCUUCAGCCACCUUGCUGCAAGGCUCUGGUGAGCUUGUGUGCCUGGUGACUGAUUUCAGCCCUGCAUCCAUCAACAUCACCUGGCUUCUCGAUGACACCACUAAGCUGUGGGACUACAACACCAGUGAGGCCCACAGAGGCCCAAAAGGGAAAUUCAGCAUCCAAAGCCGACUUCGUGUGUCCCCAGUCAACUGGCAACGUGGGGCAGUCUACACCUGCAGGGUGACACAUUCAAACACCACCUUAGCCCUGAAUAUCACCAAACCAGAGGUCCUGGAUGAAGGCAUGUUCUUUUAUGACAUCGUACAUGAUGUUGUCACUGAGGACUUGAGCCAGGGCAGCUGGUAUAUGGCUGUCACCUUCCUCCUCCUGUUGUUAAUCUCCCUCAUCUAUAGCAUGUUGGUGACCCUCAUUAAGGUGAGAAGAAUGAGGUGUGAAUGUCUAAGGUGGUUUUGCAGAACUUUGUGUCACUGUAAUGCUUCCUGUAAUUGAGUAGCUGCAUGCAGUCAGUAGUGUUUGAUGUGGUCUACUGACUUUAGACCACAAUCUGUGUUUGGAAUAUCAAAACAACAGUUCACCCACAAACCCCAAAAAGGUUGUCAUUGUCCACUCACCCUCAUGGAAAUGAAAUGCUGAGGUGUGGUUUCUGUGUCAGUGUAA